AUGCACGAUUUUAUGAGUUACUGUCUUCGUCAAUAUCACCAAACAACUGGCUGGAAUGAAGACAAUCAGUACUCAAACUUAUGUGCAGCAUCUCAAGCAAUCUUGGACUUUGAUCCUCCACGUGGUCUCAACUUUGAAAUCUCCAAGAUUCAGACUUCCGUGUUUAAAUCCUCCUAUACAAUGAAUGCUUUACCAUCACUCAAUGGCUCCAUUGGUUACCUUUACACUUCGCGUCCUUUAAUGGUCGAACCGAGUUCUCACUUAAAUUUUGUUGAAAUCGUUGAUCGAUUUCAUAUAAAUAACCCUCCACAGUUAAUGUCUACUAAAAAUCCGAUAGGACCAACUGCUGAAGAAAAAAGUCAAACGAUUGAUGAUUAUCUACUGUACGGACGACUCUAUAUACCUACUGGAAAACUUGAAGCGAUGUAUUCCAGAAAAUUUUCCCCAAUGAUGCAGUGUGUUAUUAGAGGAGUUAGCGAGCCUAGGACAAAAACUGCUCAAUGUAUAGCCGUACUACAGUAUGACGCUGGUAAAUGGUGUACAGAAUUUUCUUUUACAAAAGAAGGUGAAUUGUUUGGUGUAAAUGGUCUUUAUCAUCUGGUGAAACAUAAUCCAGAAGAUGACAAUCUAGAUAAUGGUAAUGAUUCAAAAAUAAUGACCCGGGAGCUUAAGGUUCAUCAUGAGAAUAAUACCGUUAAGUCGAAAGUCAAUGAAAAGAGUCUUAAUGAUGGAUUGUCAGAGACGGAGGAGAACGAAGAAGUGGAAGCGCUUAAAGGAGAAUGGUCUGUUGGUGCUGAAAUUUUUUACGGGGCGAGAGAAAGAAGCGGUGGAGUACAAUUCACCAUAUCAGUAUCGGCAGGAAUUCGUUAUCGUACACUUCCGGAGUAUUCGUCACACUCACCAGUCACAGUGACCUACACAUUUAAUCCAAUAAUGGGUUACAUGUCUACUGCCUUUGCUGCACAAGUAUCGAAAGAUCUGUCUUUGUGUCCACGAUUUGGAUUUAAUAUGUAUAGCUAUGAGAGCGAUUUGAUGAUUGGAGCAGAGUGGUGGCAAAGAGAAAAAUCAGAUGAAACUUCAAACUCUAAUGGUGAAAUUCAAGGUGUUGUUAAGGCUACUAUUAGCACUGAAAAGGGAAUCAAAUUACUAUGGGAAGGACGUUAUGGAAGAGCACUAUUUGGCCUUGGCUUAAUUGCAAACUUAAGGCCUAGAUCAUCUCCAAUACAUUCAGUUGGGUUACAAUUCCAAUACUUUUCAUAA